UUCUCUCCCCCUCUCGUCUCGUCCAGUCGUCCCCCACUCUACCCAGCUGCCCUGCUCUGCGUCGCUCGCCAUGGCGUCCUCCACGGGGAGCUUGGAGCACGGGGGGUUCACGUUCACGCCGCCGCCCUUCAUCACCUCCUUCACCGAGCUGCUCUCCAGCGCAGGGGACAUGCUAGGAGCCGGCGCCGAUCAGGAGCGGUCGUCGCCGAGGGGGCUGUUCCACCGCGGCGCCAGGGGCGUGCCCAAGUUCAAGUCGGCGCAGCCUCCCAGCCUGCCCAUCUCGCCGCCGCCCAUGUCGCCUUCCUCCUACUUCGCCAUCCCGCCGGGGCUCAGCCCCGCCGAGCUGCUCGACUCGCCCGUCCUGCUCCACUCGUCCUCCAACAUCCUGGCGUCUCCCACCACCGGCGCCAUCCCGGCGCAGAGGUUCGACUGGAAGAAGGCCGCCGACCUGAUCGCGUCUCAGUCUCAGCAAGACGGCGACAGCCGGGCUGCCGCCGGCGGCUUCGACGACUUCUCCUUCCACACGGCUACCUCCAACGCCGUGCGCGCGCACACGACGACGACGUCCUUACCUUCCUUCGAGGAGGAGCAGCAGCAGCAAGUCGAAAAAGCCGCCGUCCCGUCGAGCAACAGGGCGAGCGGCGGCGGGAACGGCAACACUAAGCUGGAGGACGGGUACAACUGGCGCAAGUACGGGCAGAAGCAGGUGAAGGGGAGCGAGAACCCGCGCAGCUACUACAAGUGCACGUACCACAGCUGCUCCAUGAAGAAGAAGGUGGAGAGGGCCCUGGCCGACGGCCGCAUCACGCAGAUCGUGUACAAGGGCGCGCACAACCACCCCAAGCCGCUGUCCACGCGCCGCAACUCAUCCGGCGGCGGUGCGGCGGAGGAGCUGCAGGCCGGCAACAGCAGCCUCUCGGCCGUAGCGGCGGCCGGCUGUACUGGACCGGAGCACUCCGGCGCCACCGCCGAGAACUCGUCUGUCACCUUCGGCGACGACGAGGCAGAGAACGGGUCGCAGCGGAGCGACGGCGACGAGCCCGACGCCAAGCGCUGGAAGCAGGAGGACGGCGAGAACGAGGGCAGCUCUGCAGGCGGCGGCGGCAAGCCGGUCCGCGAGCCCCGGCUGGUGGUCCAGACGAUGAGCGACAUCGACAUCCUGGACGACGGGUUCCGGUGGCGCAAGUACGGGCAGAAGGUGGUGAAGGGGAACCCGAACCCGCGGAGCUACUACAAGUGCACCACGGCGGGGUGCCCGGUGCGGAAGCACGUGGAGCGCGCGUCCCACGACAAGCGCGCCGUGAUCACCACGUACGAGGGCAAGCACAACCACGACGUGCCCGUGGGCCGCGGCGCCGCCAGCCGAGCUGCUGCUGCUGCUGCGGCGGCGGGUUCCGGGGCCUUGAUGGCCACCGGCGGCGGCCAGCUCGGCUAUCAUCAUCAGCAGCAGCAGCAGCCAUACACCCUGGAGAUGCUGAGCAGCGGAUCGUACGGCGGCGGCGGCGGCUACGCGGCCGCCAAGGACGAGCCGCGGGACGACCUGUUCGUCGACUCGCUCCUCUGCUAGCGUCGGGGACGCGGAGUCGGUCGGUCCACCCAAUCUCGCUGCGGCGGGCGUCUGUAGAGCCUGCGUUACGUGUACGGCGCGUGUACGUAUACGGCCGUAGCGUACAUGCUCGCCUUUGCACUCAGAUGCACAAUAUAACACACAGUCACACACACACACACACACACACGACACACGCUGUAUACACUGGAUCCUAGGUGUUUUUUUAGCUUAGCUAGGAAUGCAAAUUUCUUGAUUCGUUGGAGGGUUUUUUUUCUAGCACGCGGCGCGGCCGGUGCCCAUCUGUCUCGCACCGUCGCACGCCUCUUCAUACACUCUCUCCUGUACUCGGCUACUAGUGCUACUGCAUGUAGACAUGUAGUGAAUGUGAAGUACAAAGAAUACAAUACAACGGAGUAUAGUAGUGUAGUCUUGUAUGCAUAUGUAAACUACUAUACUCUGUUUUACGAAAUGGGAAAAACGUAGAUUGUUUGGGUUU